CUAUUGGACCACUGAGACAACAGCGGAUUACCGAUCAAGGUGUUGAGUAAAAUAUAUCUGCUCAAAGACUCUUAUUAUCACCACUGGACUCUUUCCAGGAUGGAGGGAAAAGCUUUUAUUAUAAUGUGCAUUUUUAUUGCAACAGUCCACUCGCAAAGUUCAACAACUCAGUCCACAACAGAUUCAGCAACCGACACCUCUGCAACACCCACAGCUACAACGACGUCUUCAACAACCACUACAACUCUUGCUGAAUCAUCCACCACUACUGCAGGAGUUACCACAACAGCACCACAAACUAGUGUUACAACAGCUGAAUCCUCCACAACAGCUACAACAACAGCAGUGCCCUCAACAAGCACUACAAGUCUUUCUGAAUCAUCCACCACUACUGCAGGAGUUACCCCAACAGCACCACAAACUAGUGUUACAACAGCUGAAUCCUCCACAACAGCAGUGCCCUCAACAACCAUUACAACUCUUGCUGAAUCAUCCACCACUACUGCAGGAGUAACCACAACAGCACCACAAACUACUGCUACAACAGCUGAAUCCUCCACAUCAGCUACAACAACAGCAGUUCCCUCAACAACCACUACAACUCUUGCUGAAUCAUCCACCACUACUGCAGGAGUUACCACAACAGCACCACAAACUAGUGUUACAACAACUGAAUCCUCCACAACAGCUACAACAGCAGUGCCCUCAUCAACCACUACAACUCUUGCUGAAUCAUCCACUACUACUGCAGGAGUUACCACAACAGCACCACAAACUACUGUUACAACAACUGAAUCCUCCACAACAGCUACAACAACAGCAGCAACAUCUGAACCAUCUGCAAUUUCAACACCAACAGGUUCUUCCUCUGUCACAGCAACUCUUACUGGGUCAUCCACCACUAGUGCACCAGUCACUGCAACAGCAUCUCAAACCACACCGUCCUCUUCGACUACUCCCUCUUCAACUGCUUUUCAUACCACAACUGUUAGCACAGCUGAAACAUCCACAACAUCAGCAACUUCAACACCAACAGGUUCAUCCACAGUCCCAAAAUCUAUUACUGGUACAUCCACCAGUAGUGCAGUAAUAACCACAACAGUGGCACAAUCUACAGUUUCUACAGAGUCUACAGCUUCUACAGCAUCUAAUGCUUCUACAGAACCUACAGUGUCUACAGCUGCUAUAGCUUCUACUGUAUCCACAGCUUUUACAGCAUCUACAGCCUCUACAGCAUCUACAGCUUCUACAGCAUCUUCAGUCUCUACAGAGUCUGCAGCGUCUAACGCUUCUACAGCCUCUACAACAUCUACAACUUCCACAGCAACUACUGCAAAAAUAGUACCUGAAGUGCUAACAGAACUGGAGUUUCGCUCUUUUGAGACAUUUACAGAUGCACUCAGCGAUAUCAAGAGUGAGGAGUUUAAGAAUAGGUCUAAACUUGUCAGGGAUGAGCUUGAGCCUGUCUACAAAAUCAAGUAUACUAACUUCCUCAGAGUGAUUGUCCUAGGAUUCAGACCAGGGUCAAUCAUCACAUCAACUCAACUAGCUUUCAGCUUCAACCAAACUAUCCCAUCCGUUCAAGAGAUUUCAAACACCCUCUUGACAGCAGUGGGAACAGGAGAUGUCAAUUUAUUGAAGAUAAUCCCUCAAUCAAUUUCAGUCAAUGGUUCAGCUGCAACAGUCGCUCCCACAGCAACUACAGCAAGUACAACAACUACAGCAACCACAGCAACUACAGCAAGUACAACAACUACAGCAACCACAGCAACUACAGCUUCAGGCGGAUUAAAGAUUGAAUCCAGUCUGUUCCAAGCAACAUGCCUCAUUAUUAUGUCUAAAAUAUUAAACUUUUUCCUAUAGAUCCCUUAAACAUAUAUCAACCAAACAUGAGUUCAACAAGACACACUGUAACAAAUUAAUUAAACACAAAAUGUAUUUAUUAUUAUAAUUAAAUGGUAUAUAGUAUUUCCCAUUGUAGCACACUCUCACAUACUAGUAUAGAGCAAUAUAAAGAUAAGUUUGAUAAUGCAUUGUUCCUGAAGAACUUAACAGUAGAUAUCUGUUUAACAGCAGGCUGUUUUCUGGGAGGGAGAAGUAGAUAUUUUUCUGCAUGCAUUUCCUUUAAUUGUAAACAUUGUAAAUGUUGUUUAACUGUUUUGAGGUUAAAUACUGGUUAUACUACUUCUUUUUGUUUGUCUAAUAAGUUCUAACAUUGUAAUAUGUCAUAUUUUAAUUAAAUAAAAAUAUUUAUUAAA